AUGUCCACUCUUUCAGCACACCCGGAGACAGAACCCAAAUGGUGGAAGGAAGCCACAAUUUAUCAAAUUUACCCUGCCAGUUUUAAAGACUCGAACAACGAUGGAUGGGGAGAUAUGAAUGGAAUCCUGAGCAAGCUAGAGUAUAUCAAAGAUCUUGGAAUUGACGCUAUCUGGAUCUCUCCAUUUUACGAUUCCCCUCAAAAUGAUAUGGGUUAUGAUAUUGCCGACUACGAAAAGGUCUGGCCUACGUAUGGCACCAAUGAAGAUUGUUUUAAGGUGAUUGAAAAAACUCAUGAGUUGGGCAUGAAAUUUAUCGCAGAUCUGGUCAUCAAUCAUUGCUCUGAUGAGCACGAAUGGUUCAAGGAAAGUAGAUCAUCAAAGACCAAUCCGAAACGUAACUGGUUUUUUUGGAGCCCGCCCAAAGGUUUCGACGAAAAAGGAGUACCCAUAAGGCCAAACAACUGGAAAUCUUAUUUCGGUGGGCCUGCUUGGACCUUUGACGAAGAAACACGCGAAUUUUACCUUCAUCUAUUUGCGCCAAGUCAACCGGAUCUCAAUUGGGAAAUUGAAGAUUGUAGAAAGGCAAUAUACGAGAGUUCUGUCGGUUUCUGGUUGGAUCACGGAGUUGACGGCUUCAGAAUAGAUGUCGGAAGUCUAUAUUCAAAGGUGCCAGGAUUUCCAGAUGCCCCAGUUGUGUUGGAAGACUCCGUUUGGCAACCCAGUGAUCCUUAUACUUUGAAUGGCCCACGUAUUCACGAGUUUCACCAAGAGCUAAACACUUUCAUGAGAAAUAGGGUAAGGGAUAACCGAGAAAUUUUUACUGUGGGUGAAAUGCAAUACACCUCUGAUGAAAUUAAGAAGAUGUAUACUAGUGCAUCGAGGCAUGAAGUCAAUGAGUUGUUCAACUUUUCGCACACAGAUGUAGGAACCGCUCCUGAUUUCCAUUACAAUCUCGUUCCGUUUGUAUUCAAAGAGUGGAAGUUGGCUCUUGCUGAGUUGUUUAGGUACAUCAAUGGUACCGACUGUUGGUCAACUGUUUAUUUGGAGAACCAUGAUCAACCUCGCGGAGUUACAAGAUUCGGUGAUGAUUCUUCAGAAAAUCGGGUUAUUUCAGGCAAACUUCUCUCAGUCUUGUUGAGCGUUUUGACUGGGACUUUAUUCAUCUAUCAGGGUCAAGAGCUUGGCCAAAUAAAUUUCAAAAACUGGCCAAUUGAAAAGUAUGAGGAUGUUUCGGUUAAAAAUAACUACAACGCUAUCAAAAAAGAGCAUGGAGAAAAUUCAGUGCAGAUGAAGAAAUUUUUAGAGGGUGUUAGUUUGAUGUCAAGAGACCACGCCAGAACUCCCAUGCAAUGGACAAGGGUGGAACCUAAUGCGGGUUUUUGUGGUUCUGAUACAAAGCCAUGGUUUGAAUUGAAUGAUUCUUUCAAAGAAGGUAUUAAUGUGGAAGAUGAAACCAAAAACGCGAACUCUGUCUUGAAUUUCUGGAGAGAUGCCAUUAAAUUCAGGAAAGAGCACAAAGAUAUCGCUGUAUAUGGUUACGACUUUGAAUUCAUUGAUCUGGAUAAUGAAAAAUUGUUCAGCUUCUCCAAAAAAUACGGCAAUAAAAUCAUGUUUGCGGCUCUGAACUUUAGCUCUGGUCAUAUUGUGUUUCAGACUCCUGGAAAUUUUGCCUCCUAUUCAUUAGCUUUCGGCAACUAUCCUGAAGGCGAUGUUGAUGCAUCAUCCAAUAUCUUGCAGUCAUGGGAAGGGAGAAUUUAUAUUCAAGAGAACCCUUUGCCUUGA